AUGGCCCGGGCAUAUACGCUGCUAGAUAAGAACGUUCUGGUUCUUGAUCGACGAUCCACGGGCUCAACUCUAGCGCCCUACGGCUGGAAGCUGCUCUCCGCUUGGAAGCGCCUGCAAGUCAGCUACUACGGCGGGAGAUACUCGAUCCACCGCGUACUAGCGUUGGAAACCUACACCAAGAGCACGUCGCUGCGGCACGUUCUCCUCGUCUGCUUAACCACUCCAGUGCCUAUGGUCACCCUCGUACUUGCCCAGGAGCUAGUAUCAUUGCAAGACCCGAAGGAGAGGUGGAGCUCUAACUACGGGUUCUGGGUGCGGACAUCGAUACUGGUAUUCGUUGGGAUUCCUACGCUCACAGUUCAAGCCACGUACUUUAUCGAUGGAGUGAAGAUCCCCACUCUUCGUCUGGUUCUGUUGUCGCUCGUCGCUUCGGUUGGAGUUAUCACUGGAUCGAUGGCGAUUUGUUCCCACCUCGUCUUUCCAGUGUCAUUCUUCCUGUUGGCAAUGUUCCCGGUACUCACCGUGGUGUUGGUUGUCUCGUUCCGAGUUAUCAUCGGCACCCGAAUAAUUCACGAGAUCUUGGCCCAUCGAGGUCAGUUGACCAGGUAUCUCCACUUUGUCAACGCCAAGUGUCUGCUGAUCUUCGUGUAUCCAGCGUAUGAGGCGUUAUUUCGUGCUGCUCACGGGACUCAGUACCAGGUUCCGGUUAUUCUGCUUCUACCAGUGAUGAAGAUCGCUCUGAAGAAUAUCAUGUGCCGAUGUACCGCACAUAUGGAAGACAUGACGCCUGAAGCGGUGAUAUUCACGGUGGACUUGUUCAAUUCGACUUACAUGGCCACGUGCAUGCAGAGUGCCUCUUCUCUAAUGACCGUCACCCAUUCACUGGAGACGCUCUUCACGAUCGAGUGUCUGGUAGUUGCCUCGUAUCUGGAGGCCGUCAUCCCCUUGCUCUACGCCAGCUACAUCCUGGUCGUCGUGCACCUUCCAAGUGCUCGCUACCACACAGAGAUGGUCGUCGUGACCAUCGUGCUGCUGUUGAUGGUGGUCAAGCGCAACUGCGGAGUGAAGGCUCUGCAUCAAUUGGCAUUCGUGCUGGAGACCCAGAUGUCAGCCAUCCAGGGCAAAUUGAUGUUCUGGAUGCUCAUCACGCUGUGCUCCCGCCUCGUGCAUUUCGGCGUCGACUUCACGUUCCAAUUCGCAUUUUGA